AUGUCCCCCACCUGGCUGACCACCCCUGUCACCUUGUUCCUGGUACCCAUCUGCUGUCUGCUGGCGAGGGACCCAGAUGCAAACGCCAUAAACAACAGUUACUGUCAGCUAAUUAUGCUUUCGUUCUGCAAAAUGACCAACUACACCAUAAAAGUGACCAAGGGGACCCCGUUCUCCACUUGGAUUCAAUAUCCUAAGCCAGAAGGGGAGCCAGGGGCAGCUGCAGCAAAUUUAACCUGCUGGAUUCAGGAUGCACACUUUCUCCAGUGCAGCUGGGCAGUGGGUCACUCAGCUCCCGGCGAUGUCCAGUACCACCUGUACCUUUUGCAUAUUAGCAGCAACACUGAGUGGGCGUGUCUGCAUUAUACGUCGGACUCAAGGGGCAUCCACACCGGAUGUCGUUUCGACAACAUCUCCACGUUGAAGAAUUUACAUUACCAAUUCCUGGUGAAGGCCACCAGCGCUGAAUCCGGUGUCCCGUGCACUGAAAGAUACUUUACAUUAUCGAAAAUCGAGAUACUGCGCCCACCCAAUAUCACCGUGACAUGUAAUACGUCCUAUGCCCUCAUGGAGUGGAAAAUGUUCAGUUACUUCAACCAGAAUCUAAUGUACGAGCUUCAGAUCCAAAAGGACACAAAUCGCGCCCACCCGGAAUCAGUUACCAUGAGAAGGAUAAAAUUCUAUGAGCUGGUGAACCCUGGAACGUUCACAGUCAGUAUCCGCGUCAACAAGUAUAUGCAUCCUGAGUUGACUUGGAGCGAGUGGAGCUCGCCACAGCGUUUUGAGUGUGACCAGGACAGGAGUCUGAGGCCCUGGCAGGUAGCAGUGUCCAUAGCGCUGGGGAUGCUCCUGGCGUUCCUGCUCGUCGGGCUGCUCUGCAGGAGGUACUCGGUAAUGCAGAAAAUCUUCCCCCCGAUGCCGUGGAAGAGGGACCCUGUCCAGGACUUCUUACAGAGCGGAAGGCUGGUGAGCACCAAGGUGAACUGGGAAGCCAGCCCAGCGAGCUGGGAAGACUGCCCCGUGGAGAAGACUGGUGGGGAGGGGGCGGGCAGCAGACGGCGUCUGGAUUCUGGGGCCUGCAUGAUGGGGUACUCCCCGGCCGAAAUUAACUGCGUGCACACCGGCGGUGGUGCCCACGGCUUGGCCGUGGUCACAGUGUGCUCCGGCAGCAUGCGCCCUAGCCCCCCAGAGACACGAUGUGGGCGGGACAGAGAGGAGUUCCUGAAGGUGGUGGUCCCUAGGGUGGGGUGA